AUAAAACCUCCAUCCCUCAAAUGCAACCUCCACACUCCUCCAACACCCAAAAAUUCCACAAAACAAUCAUCCACACGCUCAAAAACCACCCCAACGCCUCUCUAAGCGGCACCACCUUCGACGCCACCCACCUCCAGCACCUCCUCUCCCGUCCCCACUCAGCCACCUCCAAUCCCCCCUCCCUCAACCUACCUCCUUCCUUCCCUUCCCACUUCCCCACAGGCGACAAUUCCAAAAGAGACUCUUCCAAUCCUUCACUCAAAAGAAAUCCUAUUGACUACUAUUAUACUAAGUAUAAUAGGUUUUUGAAGGAUGGAAGUGGGGAUAAGGGAACUGAGGUUAUGAGGUUGGAUUAUAGCAACGGCCAAAUUCCCCGUGCCACAUUUCAAACAAGAUCCGUGCCUGAUUUAGAAAAACAUGGGGCAAAUAAUUUUGGAUCUAUAAGUAACACAAACAGUAGAAUAUCGCCAUUUAAAAUCCCCAAAACAGAAACCAAAUUUAAAAGCAGUAAAUUUUAAUGCUCAGACUCAAAUAGCCAAAAUUAACCAGAAGGCUAUGUGACCAAAGAGAACAACAAAGCAGAGCAGUUUCUUCACUGAAAAUAGCUCCAAUUUCUUUACCAAAAACAGUGCAUUGAACCCUAGAAUCACAGUCAUAAAGGACAUUAAGGACAACAAAUAGCUUAACCAAAUGUAUCAGCCAGAUUCCUAAGAAGAGCAAUAUGAUCCUCAGAGGCAUCGAGAGACAGCUAAUUAGUCUAGAAUAUAGUAAUAAAGCGAUCCAUGAGAUUAAGAAGAUAUCACUGACUGGGAAUGGGAAUGAGAGAACUUCUAAGCAGAAAGUGGCAAUGGGAGAUCUCAAGAAGGUUUAUAGGAAUUGUGACAAGAAAUUACAUAGUAAGAAAAAGCAGAUUAAGCCUAAGAAAAGAAUUUAUCGAAUGAAACCAAAGAAUAGUUAUUUACAGAGAAAUCCUAUUUUAGGUCAAGGUGUUGAUAUCCAAGGAAGGAGUAGGAGUGUGCAGAAAGCUCAAUCACAGAAUUUAGAAAGAUGUAGCGUUAAAAGUAUGGAAGAAGACCAUAGAGGGAGAGAAGUUGAUAGAAAAUAUCAGGUGAAGAGUUCUCAGCAACAAAGAAGAGAUAUGCUCGAAGAAAAACAGAAAAUGAAGAGUCUAAAGGACCAGAAAACUAUCCUAGCUCAGAAUAACAGAAUUCUUCGUAAUUUGUUCCAUCAUUCAGAGCACUAUAGCCGGAUGAUGGACUCUCCUUAG